AUGGCAAGACAUAGAAGGAAGAAACUUCUCAAUGAAAGAAGAACUAAAAGGAACAAACUUGAUGAAAACAACAUGAACUGCGAUUUAUCUUUCAAUAGGUUUGUUCCUCCAUCUACAAUACAUGUUAGAACACCACUAUCUAAUAUCACUUCUGCAAUGAUGAAUGAGAGAAACCAGAAUUCUAAUGUAAAACCAAAUGGUUCUGUUAUUUCAACUGUACAAAGAUUGAACAUUGGUUUGAAUCAGUGUGUGUCGUCAGUUAUCUUUAGGCAAUUUGGUAUGGAGAACCAAAAUUAUUCUGCUUCAUCAAACACUAAAGGAGCAACACCAACAUCUGCAUCUGGCAGCUCUAAGUGCUCCAUCUCUCUUGAUGCUUUAUCCCCAGAACAUAAUGCUGCCUCAGCACGUCAGAAAAGGAAGAGAAUAAUCCAACAAAAGAUGUCACUGAGAGGCAAACAUCAACACAAUAUUGUUAACCAGAGUGGUGGAAAAGCUAUGUGCAAUUCUCCACACAGUUUCAUUAUAAAUACGCCUGUAAGUGGUGUAACCUCCUCCUCAUUUCCUAAUAAAAUGCACAACCAUCUCAAUGCACAACCAAUUGCUGAAUCAGUUUCAUCUAAAAAACAAUUGAAUGUUGAUGUUAUACGAUCUAUGACUGCCAAUCUAUUCAAAACUUUUUCAAACCUUGAUCAUAACAUUGCCUCUUCAUCCACAAGCAAUGUACUUGAUCAUAACAUUGCCUCUUCAUUCACAAGCAAUGUAGGUAGUAAUACAAAUCCUAACAUUGAAGGUGAUGAAUCAUUUGAAGAAGAUUCAGCUGAAGAAUCACUUACCGAUAGUUCGUGCGAGUUCAUAAACGAAAAUGCAGACUAUGACACUACUUCAAGUGUUGAUGAUGAUGAAGACUAUGAUCAAAAUUCCACGCCGGUGAAUUGUCCCAACACUGGUUAUUCAGAUAUUGGUGAUCCUUCAAUUGAAUGCGUACAUUGUGGAGCACUUAUGUGGUAUCAAGAGAAGACAGACAAAAGAAAACAUAGUGCAGUCCCUAAGUUCCAAUUAUGCUGUGGAAAUGGUAAAGUCGUGUUACCACUUUUGAAACAACCACCACCAUUACUCAAGCAUCUAUUGUUUGAUAACAAUAGUACAGAGUGUCAAAAUUAUCAACAAUUUUGUAGAUUGUACAACAUUAUGUUUGCCUUUACGUCUCCUGGAAUGAAGUUUGACAAUAGAUUCCAAACGGGACGAGGACCCCCAAACAUACGAGUUCAUGGACAAUCUUGCCAUAGAAUUGGGAGCAUGAUUCCUUUGCCUGGAGAAUCACCAAAGUUCGCUCAACUGUAUAUUUAUGACACUGCCAAUGAGCUUCAACAUAGAAUAAAAGUAACCGGUAACAAUAGCAAUAUAAAUCCAGAGACGGUUAGUCGAUUGAAACUUAUGCUGGAUGAGUUCAACACACACGCUAAAUCUUUUAGAAUGGCAGCAGAUAGAUUGAAGGAUUGUCCUGUACCUGAUCUCAAAUUGAAGUUAAUAGCUGAUAGAACAAAAGAUGGAAGAAUAUACAACCAACCAACUGUUUCGGAGGUUGCUGCACUUAUUGUUGGUGAUGUUGAUACAGGUUCUAAAAGGGAUAUUAUUCUUGAGAGACAGAGCGGAAGGCUGAAAAGAAUAAGUGAGUUUCAUCCAAGUUAUCUUGCAUUACAAUAUCCAUUAUUGUUUCCAUAUGGGGAAGAUGGUUUUAGACUUGGUGUGCUACAUAAGGAAACACGUGGAAAGAAGUUUAAGAAAAAUAAGCUUACCAUUAGAGAAUGGCUUACUUUUAGAAUUCAAACUAGACAUCUUGAAGCACAUACACUUUUGAGGUCAAGGAGGUUGUUUCAGCAAUUUUUGGUUGAUGGAUUUACUAUGAUGGAGUCCCAACGGUUGAAUUAUAUCCGCAAGCAUCAGAAAAAACUUAGAGUUUCUAAGUACUGCAAUUUGACAGGUCCCGAACAACAAUCAAACAUUGAAGGAGCAAACAAAGGAAAAAGAGUGGUUUUACCGUCAACUUAUGUUGGAAGUCGAAGAUACAUGGAACAACUAUAUUUUGAUGGGAUGGCAAUUUGUAGCCAUAUCGGGUUUCCUGACCUUUUUAUCACAUUUACUUGCAAUCCAAAUUGGCCUGAAGUCCAAAGGUUACUUAACAAAAUUCAUUUGCAACCUCAUGAUCGUCCAGAUAUCAUCUCCAGAGUAUUUAAAGUUAAGUUAGAUGAGUUGUUGUGUGAUCUGACCAAAAAGCAUGUGUUAGGGAGAGUUGUUGCAUAUAUAUACACAAUCGAGUUCCAAAAGCGGGGUUUGCCACAUGCACAUAUUCUGCUGUUCAUGCAUCAGUCGAGCAAAUAUCCCACACCAGAUGACAUAAACAAAAUCAUUUCAGCAGAGAUACCAUCCGAAGAAGAUGAUAGGCAAUUGUAUCAUAUGGUCAAGACACAUAUGAUUCAUGGGCCAUGUGGUUUAGCAAACCAAUAUUCACCUUGCAUGAAAGAUGGGAAGUGCUCUAAAUUUUUCCCCAAAAAAUAUCAGCCUCAAACCAUAGUUGAUCAGGACGGAUAUCCUGUAUAUAGAAGAAGGGAAACUGGAAAUACAGUGAUGAAGAAGAAAGUUGUUCUCGAUAACAGGUUUGUCGUUCCUUAUAAUCCAUAUUUGCUGAAGAAAUUUCAGGCUCAUAUAAAUAUGGAGUGGUGUAAUCAAAGUACUUCAGUUAAGUAUCUAUUCAAGUAUAUUAACAAGGGGUAUGAUAGAAUUACCGCUGCUGUUGUUGAAACUGAUGCAGAUGGAACUUCUCUUAUUAGAAAUGUUGAUGAGAUCAAGCAAUAUCUUGAUUGUAGAUACGUUUCACCGAGCGAAGCAUGUUGGAGGAUCUUUUCAUUUCCUAUUCAUGGUAGAUCUCCUGCAGUUGAAAGAUUGUAUUUUCAUCUUGAGGGCGACAAUUCGGUAUACUAUACUGAUUAUGAACUGAUAGAUGAAGUGCUUGAAAAACCAAGUGUAAAAGAAUCUAUGUUUACCGCUUGGAUGGAAGCAAACAAGACAUAUGCAGAGGCAAGGAAUUUGACAUACUCUAAUUUUCUGACCAAGUUUGUUUACGAUAAAAGAUACCGACGCUGGAAACCACGUAAAAGAGGCCAUACAAUUGGAAGAUUAAUUUGGGUUCCUCCAAGUACCGGUGAGCUGUAUUACCUAAGAAUGAUGCUGACAGUUAUCAAGGGACCAACAUGCUAUGAGGAUAUAAAAAAAGUGGGUGGAAUUGUUCGGGAUAGUUUUAGGGAUGCAUGUUUUGAAAUGGGAUUUCUAAGUGAUGACAAGGAAUAUGUUGCAGCCAUAAACGAGGCGAAGGAUUGGGGUUCAGGACAUUUUUUGAGAAAGUUGUUUGUUACUAUGCUUCUAUCUGGUACAAUGAACAGACCAAGGCAUGUUUGGGAAAAAACUUGGCGAACUUUAUCUGACGGGAUUCUUUAUCAGCAAAGACAACUGACAAAAAGAAGAGAUAUGCAGCUGACAGACAAUGAGUUGAAAAACUUGACUCUAAUCGAGAUUGAAAAUAUGAUGCAAUCCAAUCGAAGAAGUUUGCAUGAAUUUAAAGAUAUGCCUUAUCCAAAUUCAUAUGUCACACGUCAUGUUGGCAAUAGACUUAUUUAUGAUGAACAAGAUUAUGAUGUCGAUAAAGAACGACAGAAUUUUGACAACCUCUUUCUCGCUCUUACAGAUGAACAACGUUUAAUCUUUGAUACAAUCAUGGAAGCUGUCAACAAACAAAAAGGAGGUGUGUUUUUUUUACAUGGUUAUGGAGGAACCGGUAAAACUUUCAUGUGGAAAACCCUAUCAAGUGCACUUCGCUCGCAGAAAAAAAUUGUUCUUGCCGUUGCUUCAAGUGGAAUAGCUUCGUUAUUAUUGCCGGGUGGAAGAACUGCUCAUUCAAAGUUCAAAAUACCCGUUCCAACACUUGACAACUCUACUUGCAAUAUUGACAAAGACACCGAACAUUCACAGUUAUUUGAAGCAACUGAUGUAAUAAUAUGGGAUGAAGCACCUAUGUCUCAUAAGAAUUGCUUUGAGGCAUUGGAUAAAACCCUUAAGGAUGUCAUGGCUAAAAAGGGUCUUGGGAAUACAAUCUUUGGUGGGAAAGUUGUUGUUUUUGGAGGAGAUUUCAGACAGAUUCUUCCGGUUGUUCCAAGAGCAGGACGUUCUGAUAUUGUUCAUGCAUCGAUAUGCUCAUCUUAUGUGUGGGACUACUGUCAUGUUCUAACACUAACAAAAAAUAUGAGACUUCAACAAGGAAGAGAUAAUACAAGUUCUAAUGAAUUAGUGGAAUUCUCAAAAUGGAUCUUAAAUGUUGGUGAUGGUAAGAUAUCUGAACCAAAUGAUGGUUUGGUUGAUAUAGAAAUUCCUCAAGAUCUAUUAAUAACCAAUUUUGAAGAUCCUAUACAAGCUAUUGUUGAAAGCACGUAUCCUAAUUUGUUGGAAAAUUACCAAGAUGUUACAUAUUUGCAAGGAAAAGCAAUUCUUGCCUCAACCAUUGAAGUUGUGGACAAAAUCAAUCAUUAUAUAUUGGACCUAAUACAAGGAGAAGAGAAAGAGUAUCUGAGUUUCGAUUCAAUUGAUAGAAGUGAUACAAGUUAUACUGAAGCGUAUGAAGUUCUAACUCCAGAAUUCCUUAGUAAACUAAGAACAUCAGGACUUCCAAAUCAUAGGAUCAAAUUGAAGGUUGGCACCCCUAUUAUGCUAAUGAGGAAUUUGGACCAAGCUGAUGGAUUAUGCAAUGGAACAAGGUUAAUUGUCACAAGGUUAGCAAAUCAUGUCAUUGAGGCAAGAAUUAUGUCUGGAAAGAACAUAGGUAAUCUUUUUUAUAUUCCUCGAAUGUCUAUGUCACCUUCUGAUUCACCGUGGCCCUUUAAGUUGAUUAGGAGACAAUUUCCGAUAAUUGUAUCUUAUGCAAUGACAAUUAAUAAAUCCCAAGGCCAGUCCCUUGAUCGUGUCGGAUUGUAUUUGCCUACUCCUGUUUUUAGUCAUGGACAGUUGUAUGUUGCAAUUUCAAGAGUUACAUCCAAAAGUGGUCUUAAAAUCUUAAUACAUGACAAGGACAAUGCAACGUGUUCAACCACUACGAAUGUUGUAUACAAGGAAGUUUUUCAAGCACUUUGUUAA